UUCAGCGGUAAACUAGCGAUUGUUAUUAGAUUUUAUUUUACAAAAUUUUAGUUCGCACCCCAGUAUUGCUUUCAGAAUUACCGCAAUCUGCGAGGUUGGUGUGACCAAGAUUCUCAAAUUGGUGGACUUGUAUUCGGAAGACCGGCAAGGAAUGAAGUAGUUUUGGUGCUUUUUGCUGUAGCCGAGAAUCUCAACAGCUCUACCUUGGAUUUUAUACUGAACAUCUUGCCUGCAGGUACUAGUGUUCUCAUUGGUAAUGUCAGCAUCGACGGUGAAGAUGCUCCAUUGUUGGGAGAUGGAUUCACGCUUAUAACAAACAGGGAAAUCUUGGAUAACGGCGAUGCCACAACUUUUUUGGUUCAGAAUGAUCUCCUGAAGCAUAGCUCUCUUGUACCAGAUGGACUGUCACUCAGAGCUCAGGUUGGUCUUUCCUUCGCUCUCCGCAGUGGAUGCGAGGGCGACGAUCUCAGAAGUAAUGCUGAGAAGUUUGUGUCAGGAUUGAGACAAUUAGCGUUUGCAUCUGCUGAUAGAGAGCUUUUCCUGCGUCAAAAUAUGGACCGAACUUCAGCCGAUAAUCAGCGUCAAAAGUUCGAUGACAAAUCGCGUGGUGCGCUACAGUACAAGGACUCAGUGGAACUUAGCUCUUAUCGCAGCCUUACAUCCAGCGACAAAGAUGAUUCCGAAGACCAGAAAAUGGUGCCGAUUGUUCGGAUCACUCGAGGUCAGAUUUAA